AUGCAGCAUAACAAAGUGUACGACAUCGAAGAGUACUUCUAUCGCCUCCGCAUCUUCACAGAGAAUAAGAAGAGAGUCGAUGCCCACAAUGAGGGGACUCACUCUUUUACAAUGGGCCUAAACCAGUUCUCAGACCUGACAUUUGAUGAAUUCAGAAAGGGUUUUCUUCUCCAGAAACCUCAGAAUUGUUCAGCCACCAAGGGGAAUCAUGUAAGGAGUAGUGGGCCUUAUCCCAAAUCUGUGGAUUGGAGGACUAAAGGCAACUUUGUGACACCGGUGAAGAACCAGGGUCACUGUGGAAGUUGUUGGACCUUCUCUGCCACAGGAUGUUUGGAGUCAGUGAAUGCCAUUGCCACUGGAAAGUUGAUAUCUCUGUCAGAGCAGCAGCUAAUUGACUGCGCGCAGGACUUCAACAAUCAAGGAUGCAUGGGUGGGCUUCCCAGUCAGGCUUUUGAGUACAUCAAGUACAGCAAGGGUCUCAUGACGGAAGAAGACUAUCCCUAUAAAGGCUAUGAUGACACCUGCCACUUCCAGCCUAUGCUAGCCGCCGUUUUCGUCCAUGAUGUCGUCAACAUAACGACUUAUGACGAGCAGGCCAUGGUGGACGCCGUGGCUCGACUCAACCCUGUGACUUUUGGCUUUGAGGUGACGGACGACUUCAUGCACUAUAAGGAUGGGGUUUACAGCAGCACUCUAUGUAAGAACACUGCUGACUCGGUCAAUCACGCUGUGCUGGCCGUGGGAUAUGGCGUCAACGAAGGGGCGACACCAUAUUGGAUCGUGAAGAACUCCUGGGGUGCCACCUGGGGAGCAGACGGAUAUUUUCUGAUCGAGCGAGGAAAGAACAUGUGUGGACUGGCAGCCUGUGCUUCCUACCCACUUCUUUUGCUUUGA